AUGUCCCGUAAACGACGACGAUCUCAGGCUUUUCCUGACCCAGACGAGGAUGUAGAAGAAGAAGAAGAAGCCGUACUCGCAGGAGAAGGGCUCGAAGAUCGCAGAUUGGAGAAAGAACGGGAAAUAUGGGAGACAGUCAAGGAGGAGCACUUUGAAAUUAUUGAUCAGGUCCCUUUAACAUUGCACAGGCAAUACAAUUUGAUGGCGGAGCUGGACCAACAAACUCACGGUUAUCUCGAUGAUUUGGUACCGCUAUUGCAAAAAUACGUUGCUUAUCGUCGUAACUUCGAAGUCGAAGCCUCAACAGCGCCAACCAUUCCCUCUACUUCAAUCACGCCUAACAACACAUCUGCACCUCCAAUUCCGAAGACUCCUCUCCGCUCUGUUCGAGCGUCAAUUCUGACUCCACGGCCUUCCACACCACUACUUUUACCUGCAGAGCGUAUCAAACCACCUGAAACUGGAAAAGAAAUACUAUCACACGUCGCUUGGCUCGCGGAAGAAUUGGUAAGCGCGGCGCAGGAGAAGGUCAAUCUUGCCCGAGCUGCUCAUGAUUAUAUAUCCCGCCAAAUCCAAGUACUCGGACAGUCAAUUAAAGAACAAGAAGUUUCCAUUGCGCUUGGCAUCCGUCCUGGAACCCAACUUGCGCCAAUACUCCUUCCUGACGUAGCACCACCAUCUCGUUGGACUAAGAAUACCGCUGGCGGACUUGUUCUUGACGACGAUGAGGAUGAGGAACCUGUCAAGGCAAUUCCUACUACGCAGGGUAAUCUCGUAGUCGAAGCAGAGAGACCGAGCAAACGAUCUACCAGAGCAAGGAGAGGUAAACGAUCUAGUGUCCUUGGCACAGACCAACCCAUGUCAUUGAAGAUCACUUUACCUGCAAUGUACGAUAAUCGACUUUAUUGUUAUUGUAACAAACCGUCUGAUGGAGAAAUGGUUGCAUGCGAUAAUGAGGAUUGCACAAAUCAAUGGUUUCACCUAACCUGUACUGGUCUAUCUCAGUUACCUGAUGAGUCGGAGACAUGGUAUUGUGAUGACUGCGACCCAGACAAAAGUCCAUCCUAG